UCCCCGAGGCGUGGGAGUUUUGCUUCAGAGAACCAGAGGUGGUUCGGAGACCCGGAUUUUGAAUCCUGCCGCUCUCCUUUGCUCUCCCUUAGGCUAAUCAGCGUUGGAGGAGGGGCGUGGCGCAGGAUGAAUUCUUCCCGACUGGAGGCGAAGCCAUGAAGGGCAGCUAGAAGGAAGGAGGAUGCUUUUCCGCAGUCGCUUCUUGCUGCUGCUGGCCCUGGCUGCCCUGCUGGCCUUCGUGAGCCUCAGCCUGCAGUUCUUCCACCUGAUCCCCCUGUCCUCAGCUAAGAAUGCUGUGAGCAGCAAAAGCCGAAAGCGAAUCCUGCCUGACCCCGCAACAGAGCCCCCUGUGCUGGAUCCCGUGAACGAAGCUCUUCUGUAUUGCAACACACCCAGUGUGGCCGAGCGCAGUAUGGAAGGCCAUGCCCCGCACCACUUCAAGCUGGUCUCAGUGCACGUGUUUAUCCGCCACGGGGACAGGUACCCGCUCUACGUCAUCCCCAAAACCAAGCGCCCAGAAAUCGACUGCACUCUGGUGGCCGACAGGAAACCCUACCACCCCAAACUGGAAGCUUUCGUCGCCCACAUGUCAAAAGGACCCCGAGCGGCGUUUGAAAGCCCCUUCCAUGCACUCCCGCUCUACCCAGACCACCAGCUGUGCGAGAUGGGAGAGCUCACGCAGACAGGCGUGGUGCAGCACCUGCGGAACGGCCAGCUGCUGCGCGACAUCUACCUGAAGAGGCACCGCCUGCUCCCCGACGGCUGGGCGGGCGCGCAGCUCUACCUGGAGAGCACCGGCAAGAGCCGCACGCUGCAGAGCGGGCUGGCGCUGCUCUACGGGCUGCUGCCCGACUUCGACUGGGCCAAGGUCUACUUCCGGCACCAGCCCAGCGCCCUGUUCUGCUCGGGCAGCUGCUACUGCCCCGCCAGGAACCAGUACCUGGAGCGGGAGCAGCGGCGCCAGUACCUGCUGCGCCUGAAGAACCGCCGGCUGGAGGCCACCUACGGGGACAUGGCGCGCCUCGUGGACGUGCCGGCCAAGCAGCUGCGCGCCGCCAACCCCAUCGACUCCAUGCUCUGCCACCUGUGCCACAACGUCAGCUUCCCCUGCACGCGCAGCGGCUGCCUGGACCUGGGCCACCUCCGCGUGCUCAAGGCGCACCAGCUGGACGACGAGCGCGACCGGCGCGAGAAGCAGCUGUACCGCGCCUACGCGCUGCUGGGCGCCCACCCGCUGCUCAACCAGACGGCCGGCCGCAUGCAGCGCCUGGCCGAGGGCGCGCGGGACGAGGUCUUCGCGCUGUACUCGGCCCACGACGUCACGCUGUCCCCCGUCCUCAGCGCCCUGGGGCUGUCCGAGGCCAGGUUCCCGCGCUUCGCCGCCAGGCUGGUGCUGGAGCUCUGGCAGGACCGCGCCGAGCCGCGCGCGCACGGGGUGCGGGUCCUCUACGACGGCGCCGACGUCACCUUCAGCACGGCCUUCUGCCGCGACCACCACCAGCGUUCCGCCAGGCCCAUGUGCCCGCUGGAGAACUUCCUCCGCUUCGUCAGGAGGGGCAUGUUCGAGAGCCUGGGCGGGGCCGGUGCCACCUACCACGAGGCGUGCCACCGGGAGGGCUUCUGAGAGCGGGGCGCUUGGCGGCGGG